ACCCCGCGCACCACCCCGCGCACCACCCCACGCACCACCCCGUGCACCACCCCGCGCACCACCCCACGGCGGCGGCGCACAGGCAGGCGGUGCGACACGCGGACGGGGACAAGGAAGAGCGGGGGGGCGCCAGGCAGAGGGAGCGAGUGGGGAGCGUCGCCUGCACCCGCAGGAGCAUCAACGUCGGCCCGCGCGAGGAGUUUAGGAACGGCCUCGACAACUCCGAGGCCUUGCCUCUCGACUUCCACCGAUUGCCGCACGCUGGCGGCGGCGGUGCGGCGACGAUGCCAGGGAGCAGCGCCUCCUCCUCCUCCACCGCCACCACCACCUCGUCCAUCUCGUCCACCACCACCUCCUCGUCGUCGUCCUUGUCGUCGUCCACCUCGCAGGCCGCUUGGCUGAGCCACGUCUCCGGCGGCGGCGGCGACGGCGGCGAAGCGGCGAGCGGCUACUGGAGCCCGGUGCCGCGGCCGGGGGACGACACGGGCGGCGGCCUCAACCUCAGCAGCAACAACAACGGCAGCCACAACCACCACAACCACCAUCACCACCAGCAGCAGCAGCAGCACCACAACCACCACCACAACCACCACCAGCAGCACCAGCAGCAGCCGCCGGGCCUGAGGCCUGUCGGGGCAGGCCACCCGUUCCGCCCGACGGGCCUGUGGGUGCCGCCGUUUGAGAAGGGCCGGGAGGAGAACGGGGUGAAGGCCGAGGGCAGGAAGGCCUCGGCCGAGGUGAUGCCGCAGGUGGUGUCCAUGGGGGGCUCCCACUUCGGGGGGCCAGGCGUCGGCGGAGGGGUCCCCCCCCACUUUUUGUGCGAGCUGCAGCGCUCGGCACACCACUUCCUGGAGAAGCAGGGCACUUGCCUGGAUCGGCUCGCCCAGGAGAGGGCGCCAGAGGGGGCGGAGCGGCCAAGCCAACAGGCAGGCCUGAGGGCCUGCCCCGGGCCCAUCACCAGCAGCAGCAGCAGCGUAUACAGGCCCGACGUGGUGUACGACGAGGCCCUGCGCACGACGCGUCGCGUGGUCAGCCGCCUCGACCUGGCCGAGAGGAAGCGCAAACUUGCCUGGCUCCACGGAGUCCGAGCUCCCAGCGGGUCGGACAGCGACGAGGAGCUGGACGAGGGGGAGAUGAGAGCCGACGUGCGGCGCCUGUCUCAGCGGCCGCCCCUGCCUCUCUCGUGCACGCCCGAGAAGCUGGGCCUGCUGGCCAUCGUGGGCCUCACGUCGCGCCCGCACCGCGACUCCCUCGCCGCCGAGCGUGCCCGCAAGCGCCGCCGGCGCAUGAUGGACCCCAGCCCCCCCCGCGGGGCCGCCCCCUCGCUCCCACAAUGCACCGCGGCGGCCGCGGCCGGGGGCGCGGUGGCGGCGGCGGCGUUGCCGGCGUGCACCGCGACUGGUACGACGCAGCAGCAGCAGCAGGGCGACCUCAACAGCGCCAGCGACUUCCCCGAGAAGAUGGACUUCCUGGUGCGGCUGUCGCUCACGCACGUCAAGCCGGAGCUGCGCCAGGAGCGAGAGUGCGCCCUGGCGCUCAUGCAGGCCGCCAAAGACGGGCGGCUGCCCAGCGACGCUCCCUUCCGCCACCCGACGCCGUGGCUGCACCUCCACUCCUCGGCGCAGCACCACCCCGGUCCCAACGUCUCCUCCUCCUCCACCACCACCACCUCCUCCACCACCUCCUCCACCACCUCCUCCACCACCUCCUCCACCACCUCCUCCACCACCUCCUCCACCACCACCGCCUCCUCCGCCAUCGUUGCUCCCAACGUCUCCACGGGCGCCGUCUCUGUCGCCCCUCCCUCUCCACCACCGCUCGUCGUGGUGCCCCGCGAGCCCCCCACUAGAACGGCGGCCCCCCACUUCCAUUUGGCUAAACCACAACCGCAACAACCGCAGCAACAACCGCAGCAACAAACGCAGCAACAGCCGCCGGCACCGCCGCGCGGCCUUGCGCCACCGCCCCCGUCCAUCGCCGCUCUCCCCCCGCGCCUCUCCGACUCCGCCGGUGGGAUCGUCCGAACCGCCCUCGACUUGACCAGGCCCGGUCUGGCCUCUGUACGGCCUCAGCAGCAGCAGACGCAGCAGCAGCAUCAUCAUCAUCAUCAACAUCAUCAUCAGCAGCAGCAGCAUCAGCAGCAGCAGCAUCAUCAUCAGCAGCAGCAUAAUCAGCAUCAUCAGCAUCAACAGCAGCAGGGAAGGUCCAACGACGCCCAGCAGCACCUUCGCAGGCAGGACUUGAGCGUGAAUGGCGGUGGGUCGGCCAGGCCUGUGCUCGGCCCGGUCGCUAGGCCGAUGAUGAGCGACAUCCGGUUCCUGGGAAUGGAAGGCGGCGGCGGCAACAACAACAACAGCAGCAACAGCAGCAGCAUCAUCAUCAGCGGCGGCGGCCACAACAAUAACAACAACAGCAGCAGCAGCAUUAUCGUCAGCGGCCACAACAACAACAGCAGCAGCAUCAUCAGCGGCGGCGGCCACAACAACAACAACAGCAGCAGCAGCAGCAUCAGCGGCAGCGGCGGCGGCCACAGCAGCAGCCACGGCGGCCACAGCAGCGGCUGCAACGGCAACGCAGGAGGCAGAGGGGUCGCGGUGACGCCCACGGCGGCGGCGGCGGCGUGGCCGGCCGUGCGUCCGAGCUUCUCGCCGUUCGGUCGGCCGCAGGGCAGCGUGCGGUGGAGCGCAAACUCCGACGCGGUGCUUGAGCACUCUCACGCUCACGCCGACGCGGGCGGCGGCGGCGGCGACGGCGCCGGUCGAGCGGAGCACGGCGUCGGCGCGGCUGCCGACGGCGCGGGGAGAGCCGAGUCGGCGCCGGGAGCGGCUUCCGCCGCUGCCGGGGUCCCGGGGAGCGGCGCGGAGGCGCCGGGAGACGGAGCGGCGGAGUGGAGGGGCGUGGAGGCCGUGAUCGAGGCCUACCAGCAGCACCUGAUGGAGCACGUGCUGGAGCGAGAGGUGCUGCAGGAGCAGGUGGGCCGCCUGAACCUCUACAACCGCCACCUGGGGACCCUGGCCGAGACCCUGAACUCGCGCGUCGCGGAGCUGCUGGGCUGCAAGCGCCGCCUGGCGAGCGAGCGCCAGCGCAGCGAGGAGGCCCUGGCCCGCCUGCACCGCUGCCUGCCGGCCGCCCCCCCCGGCUGCCCCCCCCGGCUGUCCGUGGCCGCCCCCCCCCCGCCGCUGUCGCUGGCCGCGAGGGCGGCACGCCUGCCCACGACGGCCUCGUCAGGGCCCUCGGCCCAGCAGCACGGCCACUGACGCGGCCUCGUCCGCCCGCCCGCCUGCCCGUCCGUCCGCCCGCCUGCCCGUCCGUCCGUCUGUCGGAGUGUCUCAGUGUUUGUCUGUGUGAAUGUCCACAUGUCUGUGUGAGUGUCCGUGUCUCUGUAUAUAGGUCUCUGUGUCUCUGUGUCUGUCCCCGUAUGUAUGUGUGUAUGUGUGUCUGUGUGUCUCUGUGGCUGUGUGUCUGUCCCCGUAUGUAUGUGUGUCUCUGUAUCUCUGUGUCUGUUCCCGUAUGUCUGUGUGUAUGUGUGUCUGUGUGUCUCCGUGGUUCGGUGGCUUUGUGACUGUCUGAGGGUCCGAGUGCGGAACGGCGGUUAGCGCCGCGCCGCGCUACGAACCCAGCAGAGACCCAAGUUCGAUUCCCGCUCACGGCCACCACCAACACCGCCAGUGACGAUGAUCUGAACCGGUCCUGGGCCUCCCCUCGGUCGACUCGGCCUUAAAUCAGUACCGGGCGCGGUUCUGGCCACACCGCUCCCCGCACCUCCGCUUAGCACGGCUGGCCAUGUACGGUGCGAAAGAAGUUCAAAGUGCACGCGCACACACGCACACAUUGGGCGAGCGGCGCCGGCCUUCUUAGGCACUGCUGCUCAUCGAACAGCACUUGCCCCGGCAGCCCGCGUGGGCUACGCCGGGGUGGGGGGGGGGGAGGGACCCUUUGUCUUUGUCGUACGUCCCGUGUCUGGUCCGCCGCGCUUGGCUCAGGAGGCCGGUGGGCACCAGGGCGGUCGUCUCAACCGCCGGACUUCGUUGGUGUCGGUCGGGCGUCGCCUGUGGGUUCGUUCGUUCGACUCGACUGUGCGUCCGGAUCAACGAGGAGCACGGAUGGCGAAGCCGUCUGGUCCGCUCGGCAUCUGGUUCCACCGCGGGCGACAUGGCAGGAGCGUCACGUGGGGCGCUUGGGAGGCCCUUCUGCAUAAACGCGGCGCUGUACGGAGCGGCGCUGUACGGAGCGGCGCUGUACGGAGCGGCGCUGUACGGAGCGGCGCUGUACGGAGCGGCGCUGUACGGAGCGGCGCUGCGGGAGGUCGUCGUAGCACGCUUCCGGCCGAGAUGCGUUCCCCAGCCGUUGUUUGCGAGCCUACGAGCGAUAUACGAGGCCUUCACUUGGCGUUGAGUCGAUAAUAGCCUUGACAGCGACACAGUACGCAACGAUACUGUACGCAACGAUAAAAUGUGCGGAAGAAUUAGGAUCAAUAAUAAAUAAAUGGGAAAAAAAUAAACUUUGAAUGAUAGCGGCAAAAAAAAAAAUUCCGAUCGGUUGCUGCCCGCCGGUGCACUCGGGCGGAGCCAAUCGCACGCCCGCUUGGUUUUAGCGCGCGGCUCGGAGACAGAGAAGGGGGGCGGCGACGCUGUAAGAGACGCCGACGCUGUAGGAGGCAGCGGCGUUGGCAGCGACGCUGUCAGAGGCGCGCCUGCACUGACCGAGCCCUCGCGAGGACAAACCGAGCGAUGCCCCGUGCGGUACUUCGAUCUCAAGCAAUAAGUGUCGGGCGGGGGGCUGUGGGCGGUGGGGUGGGGGGUCCUACCCCCUCCGCGAGGCAUCGCGACGGCAGGUAUCGGGGUGCGCCACGGCCCCCGCCGUGUCCGGGGAGCCGGGCGCUGAACGACUCCGAGUCGGGGGGGUGGGGCACGAGCCGAGGGAGGCGAGGAAAAUUCUCUUUUGUGCCGUCGCUUAAAUGCAUAAGCGAGAAAAAUAUAUACAAGUAAAAACACGUGUCGCGCGGCGGGGUCACGCGAGGUCACGCGGGGUCACGCGGGGCGCGCUCGACCAAUGGCGUUGAUUGGCGCGAAUUUCAAAUGGAGUCGGCAUCCCCCUGGGGCAGAGUCGGCGACCCGGGGCGGAUUUCGGGACCCGGAGCGGAAUUGGGGACCCGGAGCGGAAUUGGGGACCCGGAGCGGAUUUGGGGACCCGGAGCGGAUUUGGGGACCCGGAGCGGAUGAGUCGUCGGUGGGGCGACCCGGCCCUGCCGCUCCACAGGGACGGGGGAACUCGAGCGGGAUUUAGGGGGGGGGAUGUCGGUGGGCAGGAGGAGCCUGCGUCGCAUCGUCUACGCGCGGCAGGCUCAAUGAGAGACACGAACUCUCCAAGUGAACUUGACGACUACGUUUCGUUUCGUUUUUUUGACGUCGAUGAAUUAUACCGUUCUUCGUUUUCAGUUUUUAUUUUGUUUUGCGGUGAGGUGGGCGGGGGGGGGGGGGGUAACCGGCGGUGGUGGCGGCGGUGGUGGCGGUGGUGGCGGUGGUGGUGGUGGUUUACCGCAACCAAGUUGUGAAUUCUAACCAUGGCCUGCGGCGGUCAGAAUGCGAGGGGUCGGAGGGCAGAGCCGGGCCGAGGGGUACAGCGGCGACACGCAGCGUCCCA